AUGCCUCGCACACGGACUAUUAACAAGCCUUCUCUAGGAACCAAGAAGAAAUUCCGAGCACUACAGAGGCAAGUUGAUGCCAAUGAGCGGGAGGUACAACAUGUGAUGCGUGAGAAAGAGGCCCGCAAGAAACUCAAGGCGUGUCAGAAGAAGGGUGCAAUUAUGCGUCCUGAUGGCACUGCCGGACGACAUUUCAAUUUACAGCACGCUAUGAAUCUGGAUGAUAGGGAUACCGUGUAUAAGAAAAUUCGAUACAAGAUCAUCGAAAUCGCCAAGGACAAUGGUCUACGCCUCGAGACCACCAUUAGAUACCAGCCGCCAACGCUACUAGGCACCAUAAUCACAUUGGCCAUGCUCGAAAUCCCAUACCUCACACACUUUAAGGACGGCUGGCCCGUCAAAGAUUUUUUGCAACAAUUCUUACGAAAUCACGCCAACUAUAGGAGAAGGAUGGGUUAUGACGCGCCCAGCUCAAACAAGAUCACACUCUCAAGCCAUAACAAGUCGACUCGGACGCAUACAUCCACUGGCCGUGCGAAGUUGCCAGCUCCUGCAGCUCACUCUGACUCAGAUGAUAGUAGCGAGACGGACCCUGGAUCAGAUGAAGAAUUGGACUCCGAGGAGAUUGGGCCAGGAAGUGAGGGAGGUCUGCCUGCUGAUAUUGCAGAGCUCUUCAAGAAACGAGUCGAGGAUUUUUUGAAAGCCAAACGGGCAAAGGAGGCACUCCAAGCACCUCGCACUGACCCUCAGGUAAACAAAAGGCCCAUGACAGCAGCCAAGACUCGUAUUAGCGGUACAUCCAAAGUCACAAGAACCAGUAAGAAGGCCAAGACCAUGGCUCCACAGCCUCGUAGUAGCGGUGAGACUGCCAUGGCAACAACACCAGUAAGUGACCUCGACAAACCCAUGUGUAACUUACCUCCAUGA